AUGAUUGUCGACGAAGCGCGACACUUCAUUGACUUUAGUAACUACCCAGGUGGCGUGCUGGAUGAAGAAAUUCUCUCUCAAUUACGUGAUGCCCUUAACUGCAAUGAUCAUUUUUGCAAACUCGUAUUUAACAAUAAUCGUCUAACGGAUGAUGCCGUUGGGACUCUAGCGGCUAUUCUCAAGGGACGCACCCCUAUUGAGUAUCUCUCACUGGAGGCCUGCGAUCUCCGCGAUGUGGAUAUUCUCCACAUCGCCAACGCCGUCUGCACACGGAAGGCACUGAAGUUCAUUGAUCUCCGCCGCAAUCCCGCCAUCACCAGCGAGGCACUUCCAGACAUUGCGAGAAUGAUUCGAUCUGUGCCCACGUUGACGACUAUACUCAUGCGUGGGACUUCUCUGCAGCCGCACAACUGCGCAGAGAUAAUGGACGCCUUGGAGCAGAGUUCGUCUGUGAAGGUGAUGGAAUUACCGUAUACUGUAGGAUAUAGAGUACUGGACAAUGUGAAAAGGAUUAUCAGUAAAAAUAACAUGGAAUAUUUAGAUUCUACUUCUAGUGAUAAAAAUGAGAAGCGGAGAGUUGCCGCGACUAUCGGAAGUACUUCUAUGGAAACUAGUAAUAAGCGGCGUAAAAAAACAUUGGAACCAACAACUUUGCCAAAGUUAGUACCACCUCCACCUGUUGCGUUUUCUGCAGAGAUGCCACCCACUGAAGUACGAUCAACACCACCCCUAUCACCCUCACUAUUACAACAAAAAAGUAAAAGUACUGUGGAAAUGAUGGAAUUUCGACAUUGGGCUGAUCCAGCAAUUAAAAAUGCCGCCGCACAUAUUUAUGUACUGGAUCAGCGUUGUCAACUACUUGAGAUGCACAAACAAGAAAAACGUGAACGUCUCCUUGCAAAACGUGGUCUUAUGCCAAGGCAGAAAGAUACAGAAUGGAGUACGCAAUACUACCGAUUAUGA